AUGGCCUUCCGCAGGAUAGAUCUUACUCCCGCUCUUCGGCCUCUUCUUUUGCCUAGUGAAACCCUCCUCUUCGUCCAGGACGCUGUAGGUCUUUACGAAGGACGCUACAAAGUCCCGAACUUCCAGAACGGCAGCGCUUACUUGACGACUCAUCGGGUUUGUUUUGUCAAUAACGAUGAACCGCGAAAGUUUUCGGUUGCUCUUGAGCUGAAGGAUGUCGAGAGAUUCGAGCUUUACAUUCCCUUCUUCCAGAACGGCUUCCUCAAAUCCUCUCCUAAGAUCACUCUGUACCUACGACCUUCAAACCCGUCUCUCUUGGACUCACGGGAUAGGUCUACUUCGCGAAGCCCAACUUACAGCCCCAUCCCGACUCCACCGAGAUCAUCAACGCCUCUACAAUCGGCAGCAUUGAAUCGGCAGUGGAUAUGUCCAAUCUGCACUUUUCCAAAUCCAUUCCCCUCGAACUUUGGACAUCUCGCUCCGAUCCCACCCUGCUUAACCUGUGGAGUGAAACCGAACCGCUCAAUACUCGAUGCAAUAGUUAACUCUCAUACUCCCGCAAAACAUCAAAACGGGAUAUCCGAUGAUUCAAUUCUCCAAGCGGGAAUCCAAAGAUCUAAAAACGCCUGUCCCAGGUGCACAUUUGAGAAUGACCAAGCGCUUCGGAAUUGUGAGAUGUGUGGGGAGGUUCUCUCGUCUCAUCCAAUCGACGAUCCUUCGGUAGCCAGACCAUCUCCGAGCCGGGAUGAAUCGCCGGCACCUAGAUAUCUGGGAAGUGUACCAGCGGGGGAACAAAUUGAUUGCGUCAAGCUGUCUUUCAGAGGUGGUGGCGAGAAACCAUUCCAUGAAAAAUUGAAAGGCGCAAUGGUCCAGAGGAAGUGGCUAUUGGAUCAGGCCCCAGCCGUCCCCGCCAUUACUUCGGGUGCUGCAAAUUUGACGCUGGAUCCAAGAGAAAGUGAAGCCUCCCCAAGAACUCCAGCCCCGACGGAGAGGAUAGUAGGAGUCAGAGGACUAGAAAGGCAGAAUCUAGCGCUUCGAAUGAACAACCAGCGGGCAAUAGCGGGGGCAUUUGAGGACCUGGAGGCUCUUAUGAGCAGGGCAAAAGAAAUUAUCGCCCUCGCAGAAAACUUUGCAACCCAACUAGCUGAUAACCCUUCACUUGCAAACUCCGAUGCAAGAGAAGCACUGAGUCAGUCAGCAGCUAUGUUAUCCCUGAGACCAACAGAUUUUACAGUAACAAAAGACCAGAUAUCUUCUUCUUCUUCGUUAUCGCUCUAUCAUGCCGAAUUAGCGAGAUCAAUUGCCGACUUCUUGGCUGAUGAUACAAGGUCGAUUUUAAAGAAAGAAGGGGGUGCUAUUACCCUAGUAGAUUUAUGGGCAGUAUAUAAUCGCGCGAGGGGGAUAGAGUUAAUAAGUCCAAGCGAUCUUGAAAGUGCGGCUAAGCUUUUCGAUAAACUUCAGCUACCCGUUCGAUUGAGACAAUUCAAGAGUGGCCUUCUAGUGAUUCAAGAAAGAAAUAAGACUGAUGAAAAGGUAGCUAAGAGCGUGGUCGCAUGGUUGGACGAGUUAUCAGACCUGGAAACCCGGGACACAAUAGCGGAUAAUAAAUGGGGUAAAAGUGUUCUAGCAAAAGAUGCUGCUGAGAAGUUUGGUUGGAGUAUUGCAGUGGCGAUAGAGGAGUUGGAAAUGGUUGAAGAAAGAGGAGAAUUGGUGAGAGAUACUUCCUUUGAAGGUGUAAGAUGGUGGAAGUCCCCAUGGUAUAUUUCAGAAUAA